AUGCAUCAGCAGAUGCAGCAGCAGAUGAUGCCCAACCCACAGAUGCUGUCACAGAUCUCAGAGAACCCGGUGUUCCUGGAAGUGAUGUCCAACCUAGCCGUGACGAGACAGUUGUUAUCAGGCUAUUCUCAGAGGCAGCGGCUCUUUGAAAGAAGGUUUUCCUACAUGUUCAACACCCCUGAGUUUAUGAGACAGGAGUUGGAGAAUCCAGAAACACUUUCUAUGAUGAGCCACCCCAGAGUCAGACAGGCCCUCGAACAGAUCCAACAGGGCCUGCAGACAUUACAGGUUGAAGUCCCAGGAUUCAUGUCCAG